AUGUACUCUGCCAGACACCAGCCAGUGCCUACCUGGCACUCGACACUGUGCACCCCACAGUAUGUGACCCCCUGCGUCCCCCAGCAGCGCAUCAUGUCCUCCAGCUUCUCCCAACAGCAGUGUGUGACCAAGUGCAUGCCACGGCAGCAGUAUGCAACCACGUGUGUGCCGCAGCAGCAGUGUGUGACCCAGCACAUCCUACAGCAGCCAUGUGUAACUCGGUGUGUGACAACUUGCAUGCCACAGCAGCAGUGUGCGACCGAGGGUGUGUCACAGCAGCCUUGCGUGACCAAGUGCGUGCCACAGCAGCAGUGUGUGACCAAGGGUGUGCCGCAACAGCGUGCAACCAAGUGUGUGACCACCUAUGCUCCUCAGCAGCAGUGUGAGACCAGGUGCGUGACCACGUGUGUGCCACAGCAGCCGUACCUCAGCAAGGGCAUCCCACAGCAGCAGAGUGUGACCAAGUGCAUCCCGCAGCAGUGUGUGACCACGUACAUCCCGCAGCAGCAGUGUGCGACCAGGUGUGUCACCACGUGUGUCCCGCAGCAGCGUGCGACAAAGUGUGUCUCGCACAAGUUUGUGACCUCUUGUGUCCCGCAGCAGUGUGCCACCACGUAUGUCCCGCAGCAAUGUGCGACCAGGUGUGUGACCAAGUGUGUCCCGCAGCAGUGUGCCACCAAGUGUGUCCCACAGCAGUGUGAGACAACUUGUGUCUCACAGCAGUGUGUGACCAAGUGUGUCCCACAGCAGCGUGUGACCAAAUGUGUCCCACAGCAGCAGUGUGCGACCAAGUGUGUCCCACAGCAGUGUGCCACCAGGUGUGUCCCACAGCAGUGUGAGACAACUUGUGUCUCACAGCAGUGUGUGACCAAGUGUGUCCCACAGCAGCGUGUGAGCAAGUGUGUCCCACAGCAGCAGUGUGCCACCAAGUGUGUCCCACAGCAGUGUGAGACAACUUGUGUCCCACAGCGGUGUGUGACCAAGUGUGUCCCACAGCAGCGUGUGACCAAAUGUGUCCCACAGCAGCAGUGUGCCACCAAGUGUGUCGCUCAGCAGUGUGAGACAACUUGUGUCCCACAGCAGCAGUGUGUCACCAAGUGUGUCCCACAGCAGUGUGUGAGCAAGUGUGUCCCACAGCAGCAGUGUGCCACCAAGGGUGUCCCACAGCCGUGUGCAACCAAAUGUGUCCCACAGCAGCAGUGUGUCACCAAGUGUGUCCCACAGCCGUGUGUGACCAAAUGUGUCCCGCAGCAAUGUCAGCCGGGUGGAGUAAAAAUUUCGAGUCACUCUAAAAAGUACUGCUCUGCGUCCAAAUGGCCCUGGUAA